AUGGGCGUCGUCUCGGCGGUGGCGGACGCGGUGGUCGUCCUGUUCACCCUCACCAUCGUGGUGGCGGCCCCGCUGAUCGACGGGCAGUCCCUCCUCCCGCACACUCUCUACCCGGCGCCGCUGCGGGACCUCAAGCGGUGGUACGCCGCCGAGUUCGGCGACUACCUCAUGGCCAACCCGCCGGCCUUCCUCCGCGGCCUCUUCUGGCUCGAGCUCGCCUUCCUCUGGCCACUCGCCGUCGCCACCCUCUACGGCGUCCUCACCCGUCGCCGCUGGGCCGCCACCACCUCCCUCAUGGCCGGCGUCACCACCCUCACCUCCAUGUCCGCGAUACUUGGUGAACUGUUGGGCUCAGGAAGGGCAACACCGAAGCUGCUUCAGGUGUAUGGUCCGUACAUUGUGUUUGCAGUGAUUGCAAUUAUGCGUGGCCUCUGCUCUAAUUCGGUGCCUUCCACCGCUGCAUCCAAUGCUCAGAAGACAAGGAAGAAGAGGGUCUAG